CCAUUGAAUAACUGAUAUAGUGUUUGGAUGGCCGCAGCAUGACCGACAGGUCGCAGACUGCCAGAGCGAUGUGCUCUUUGCAUAUGUCGUUGCGUGACUGCUGCAGGUUGCUACUCAAAAAAAGUUACAUAUUCAGCUCAGCAGGUGUCCUAUGCCGCUGGGUGCACAGUUUGAAACACGUCAGAAAGGCUAGAUUACAACAGCACUGAUGAACCAACAGCGCGUAUCGGAUGCAGCGGCGCCGUCAGAUCCUACAACAGCUUACCAAGCGUUUGCUAGAGUCUUGAUGGCCACCAGCCAUGGAGAAUCCAACAUUAAAGACGCAGAAGAAAUGUGGACGAUAUUGCACAAGACCAUUUUGGAAUGCUCAAGAGCCCAUGUUGAAGCUGGUAAAUCGUGGAUAGCAAAACAUUGCAAGCAGCCAACGCAGCUUGAGUCACUUUUCGACCUGAUGAUUGCCUUGGCCAGAUCCAAGUCUGCGUUUAAGGAUAGAUUGCAUCUCAUUUACCUAGUGAACGACUUGCUGGCUUAUGGUGAUCGAAAGGAAAUCCCUUGGAUUAAGGAUACCUUGUAUCCCAAGUUGGUUCCAUUACUUCGUUUGGCCUAUCAUUGCCAAGGAUGUGAUCAUAGCCAACAAAACCAGGUUCUCAAGGUUAUCACUAUAUGGAAAGAAAAGGAAUACUUUCAACUCCCAGUUGUGACCUUGAUCCAGAAUGCUGUAGUCAUGUCCAACAAUGCUUCCAACCCACAUCAUUUAACAAGCCAUGUACCAGAGAUUCCAAAGGCUGAAAAUAGCCGAAACCCUGUUCAAAUGACAGCGCCAGGUACAGUACGACCAGAUAUGCCAAAGAAAAGCUAUUUUGAAUUACCGGUAGGGCCAAUGAUACCGUUAGCCAAGUUGGAGUAUACCCCCUAUUCGCCAAUACAGUCAAGCCUGCUAAGUAUGACACAGCGUAUGGCUCCUACACAAGAGUUAUCUCAAGCUGUUGAACAGUACUACAAUGAAAUUGCCUUCGCCAAUGACGAGAAGUUUGAUGCUGAAGGAUGGGAGAAUGGAUAUUUGGAUGGUUACUUUGAAGACAUGAAAAGUCGAAAGGAGAAAGCGGCUGACAUCCAAGCUCAACGCAAACUGGUGGAGGAAAGUCGGUUACGGCAGAGAAAUGAUAGACAUACUCGUAGUGGUAGCUCUGACGCUGGCCACCGUGUGGGUAGCGAAUCACGAGGACGGGGGGGUCAGCAUUUUGGCAGCAGAUCUAGGUCUCGUAGCCGUUCGCGGGGAAGACGACGAAGUGAAUCAAAAUCAAAGUAUCAAAGAAGACGAUCCUAUUCCAAUAGUCGCUCUAGAUCACCAUCAUCACCUCCCCGUGGCAGACGACGACGGUCAACUACUCGAUCGCGGUCUCCCCGCAGUCGAAAUCAUCAACGUCGAUCUCCUCCAGUCAAUCGUGGUAUAGGAUUUUCCUCGUCAUCAGAUACCCGCAUGCCUCAAGGUGAAGGGCAGUCAGCGCAUUAUGCCAAUGACUGGGUCACACCACGAACAGGAUUAGGGGCUGGCCCAGAAUUUGCUCAGACAGGCGAUGCACCACCAUCGUAUGACACCUCAAAAAGCAGCGAUGCGUUUGAUGCCUAUCGUCGAAAUCGAAGUUAUACGUACGGCCGUGACAAUCCACGAAGAAAUGAUCCUCUUACCUGCUUUAAAUGUCACAAGGUAAGGAGCAAUAACAUGACGAUAUCAUUGUAGUGCCACCUAUCUGACUGUGCUUGAUCCAUAUAGCCUGGUCACCUCGCUCGAGAUUGUACCUCGUUCAUGACACCGUAUUGAACAUGGAAGAGCCAUCUCUCGAUGCAUUUAACUUUCACUUGAACUGGUUUCACUCCUAAAAGUCUCAUGGUU